AUGGGGCAGAGGAGGCCGCGGCCGCCCGCCCCGGCGGCGGGGGGCUCCCGGCGGAAAGGAGGUACUGGCGAUGUCCCCGGUUCCACCAGCCUGCCGCCUCUCGUGGAAGGCCCUCUGCGCUGCUUCCUUCGCUGCACCGUCUCCCGAGUGCUAUGGACGGCCACCAAGCCACCAGCCGUCCUCGUCCGCCUGAGGUGGUGGGGAGAGACCUCCGACGGUACCGUCUUCCAGCCCCCCGGGCGGCCGGGACAACCGGCGGGGACAACCACCGCCCGCUACCCUGUCCGCUGUGGGCCAAGGCAGUUUGCUGCUUACCUGAGAGACAUGUCUGUGCUUGUCCUGGAGGUAAUGACCAAACUUGACCGUCUUCCAGUUGGCAGAGUGCAAAUCACCGGACUGUCCCAGCUCUCUCCCAGCCACCCCAUCCAUGGCUUUUUCACCAUAGUUUCACCAAAAUCUGAGAAACUAGGAGAGCUGCAGGUCUCCCUCGUUCUAGAACCUCUGCCCGCGCUGUACGACACCAGCAGCUCUCUCCCAACCCCAGAUGUGAGUCUGGACACGGGUCCUGCUCAGGGAAGCAGCAAAUCCCAAUUUCUUGCUCCAUCCCAGCAGUCCAGGCAAACAGGGGUGACUAUUGAGGACCAAGAGCCUGUUAACAAGAGCAGAGCCCCAACUUCCAGAGGAAAAGACCAUUUGCUCUUCCAAGAGGACUCUGAAAACACAAAGGAUGCUUUUGCUGCUUCUCAUCACCCUCAGAUUUUACCAGAUGAAGGUUUGAAAGCGAAUCCUUCCAAACGACAAGUGUCGUUUCUCACCGACGCUGAGCCCGAAGCCUCUGCUGGAACAGGCACACGGGUGCUCUCUUUGCAUAACCCAGCUACAAAAGACUUGCUUUCAGCUCUUUUGGACCAGGGCAACAAACUCCGUGAUGCCAUGGUUGUUUCUGCGCUGAAAUCCAGCCCGGACAUGGAGAUUGAACUGAACGAAGUGUCUCCUUUUAUACAGAGAGAUGAUUUCAAAGCAACAGAAAAGAGCCCAAAAGGCUUGAAUUCAAAUUAUGUGUCCUCUCCUGGAGAUCUCCAUCUCUUCCCAUCUGAAGUUUCAGGUCAGCAACUUGACUUAAACUCAGAGGAGAGAGCGAUACAGUUACUGUUGGGCAGUGCUGAUUUAUCUCCUGUGCAUUUCUGGGAUCGGACAGGUUCCCUUUUGGAUUCUCUCUCUCUCGGGAGCGAGGUGUACGACAGCGAACUCAACGAUCCCCAUUACGACCAGAGUCUGCUCGAGAGCCUUUUUUACACAGCUCCUAAAUCUGAUUCCAGUUUGAGCGAUUUCCUCAGUGAUGAUGAUGUUAACAGCUCCAAAAAAAUAACCAAGGCAGAAACUCUCAAGAAAGCUGAUCUAGUGAAUCUACAGAAGGAUUCUAACACCUUUGAUCAGGAUCUGAAGGUGACAGAAAUUGAAGCCAGUUUUAUUUCCCCUGUUAGGCCACUUGCUUCUCCAGAAGAUGACACAGAAGGAUGUCGUGUCACAUCCCUGAGUGCAGACAGGUUGGAGCUGCUGGAGCGAAUCCACCUGGCCAGAGUCAUCGUGGAAAGCUUGAAAAUCCCUCUGGAGAGCAUCCAGAUGACCCCAAGGAAGAAAGGUUUAACGGGGAAGCCCCCAAGGCCUGCACCAGUUAAUAAAUGCACCUUCUUUGUGGAGUACCACUUUCCAGUGGGAGCCUCCAAGGAUGAAAAAGGCCAGGUCUCCAUCACAACAGAAGUCGUUCGAGUAGCCUCGAGUAAAAUCACAGAUGAUGUGGUGACAUUUCAGCAGCGGUUUGUGUUCCCUCUCCGUUUCGGUGGGACGAUGAUAGAGCACUGGUGGAGCUCAGACCUUGCUUUUAAAAUCUACAUGAGAAAAAGCACACAGAAAAAGCCAGUGGCCAUUGGCUCAGCAGCCCUUCAGCUACUCAAGGUUAUUCAGUCGGAGCUGCUGUCUCUCAGCUGUGAAAUACCUGUGGACAAAGAGGGAGGUCAGCCACAAGUUGGCCCACUAAAGGUGUCCGUGGAGCUCGCAGCCGACAACAAAGACUUCACCCCCAGCUCAGCCCGGUCAGCGGCGGCCGCGCAGCGAGUCCCAGCUCACGCCGUAAGAAGUCCCCAGUUGGAAUUCCAGGAGCCCAACAAGAAGAAUGUAAAUGCAGAAAGUCCUCUCCACUUGAAAUUUAGCAGCCGUGAGGACUCGCAGAAGACGGGAACAGCUGGAAUAAACGUCGUGCAGCCUCCACGGGCUCUACCGGUCCCUGUAGCCCAUAAUUUGAUGACACAAAUAACUGCAUCCGAGGAGGAUGGAUUAUUACUCCAUGUGCUGUUGAUGGUGCCGGAAGGAAAGGAUUUUGUUGCUGGAGACUGUGGGCUCCACAGCUCUUGUAACGUGUAUUUAAACUGCAAACUGCUCAGCAGCGAGGAGGCAACGAGAUCUGCUGUCGUGUGGGGCACAACACAACCUGCCUUUAAUUUUUCUCAGGUGAUGCCUUUUUCAUUGACUUCCAAACACUUGGAGCGGCUGAAGAACAACGUCAUGAUUAUCGAGGCGUGGAACAAGAUGGGCAGCCCUGGCUGUGACAGGCUCCUGGGACUGGUGAAGCUUCCCCUGCAUCAGUUUUACAUCUCCUUCAAGGAUCCAAAGAUUUCCCACCUGCUUCUCCAAGCUCAGUACCCGGUGGUGGCUGUGGACAGCUUUAUGCCUGUGGUAGAUGUUUUUACCGGCAGCAGAAGCGGAAACCUGAGGGUCAUUCUGGCCAUGGGGUCGGCAGAUCAAAUCGUGGCACUUCAAAGGCUGAAAAAUGAAGAAGGGAUGGCUCCUCCCAUCACACAGCGCCCUUUCCACUCCCUGGACCCUCCUCCUGCAAAGCCCACACGGGACUUGGACCAAGAAGGGGAAGACCUGAUGGAGCACGUGUUUGAGAUCCACGUGGAGAGCGUGAAAGGACUCACUCCCUUGCAGUCCACAGUCUGGGGGGAGGCUGACUGCUACGUGCAGUACCAUUUCCCAGUUCAAGAGACUGGUUCUGGGGCCCUGCAAGGAACAGAAUUGCAUGAGGAUG